GUCUAGGCGGUGGGUGGUCGCCUAUUUCGUGACUUUAACAGUGCUAGUUUUUAUUGUUGUUAACGUCGAGCCACUAAAUCGUACGUGCCGUGAACGAACCUGGCGUUAGGUCGUUGCAAGGGAGCUCCGGACGGUCCGCCAGCCACGAAUUUCCUACGUGUCCGCAAGAAAUGUUCAUUAUUGGUAUGCAAAACAAUAAUUUUCUCGUUGAAAUGAUGGACAACCGGAGUUGAUGACUUAAUAACGGAGGGAUGACGCAAAAAUCCAACAACCAUUCAUAAUAAACACUGUACAGCCAUCGGAUUAAUCGCAGAGCGGCCGCAAGAUGGCAAGAAAAGGCGACACAAUACGCAGCAUAAACGUGGCGGUGGUCGGACUGUCCGGCGUCGAAAAGGACAAGGGCCACGCCGGCGUGGGCAAGUCCUGCUUCUGCAACCGGUUCAUGCGACCGCACGCCGAGGACUACAACGUCGAUCACAUAUCCGUGCUCAGCCAGACCGACUUCAGCGGACGCGUGGUCAACAACGACCACUUCCUGUAUUGGGGGGAGGUGAUCAAGACGUCCGAGGAGGGGGUGGACUAUCAGUUCAGCGUCAUCGAGCAGACGGAGUUCAUAGACGAUGCCUCCUUUCAGCCCUUCAAGGGGGGCAAGAUGGAGCCGUACGUUAAGCGGUGCGCCGCCACCAAGAUAACCUCGGCCGAAAAGUUGAUGUAUAUUUGUAAGAAUCAGUUGGGCAUCGAAAAGGAGUAUGAGCAGAAGGUGUUGCCAGACGGCAGGCUCAGCAUAGAUGGGUUUAUAUGCGUCUUUGAUGUAAGCAUUGUGCCAAGUAGGAUUUUAGAGAAGCAAGUGGAAUUCGUAGCGGCCAUACUCAACAAUUUAAUCAAAACUAAGAAACCAAUUGUCUUCGUCACAACUAAAAACGACGACUCAGACGACACGUUAAUCAGAGAGGCCUCCAGGCUUAUACAAAGAAACGAGUACAAAGGCACGAUCCCUCUAGUGGAAACCUCGUCCCACGACAACAUCAACAUAGACCUCUCCUUCAUGCUGCUGGCACAGAUGAUAGACAAGAGCAAAAUCAGAUCCAAGGUGCUUUCGUACACGGAAGCCUCACUAGCCAGGAAAGAAAUCUUGGACGCAGCCAGCGAGGCUUUCAUGCGACUCAUCAGGGUACACGUAACUGAUUGUCAUGCCCUCUGGUCUCACACCAUCAAGAAGUUGAACUCCCACAAGGAGUGGAUCCACUUCGUACAACUAUUCGGGCUGGAUGGUACGCAAAGGCUGUUCCGACGACACAUUAAGAAACUCAAAGAUGAACAACUGGCUAAACAAAUCGCCCACUACAUGGAAAUGUUGCCUGACGUCCUACACGAACUCAUACCGGGCAUCAACAGCGAAAGCGACUGGUCUACGGUACAACAAUACCUGAAGGCCCACCCCAACUUCAACCAGUACUUCUACGAACGCCCCGAAGACAUGCACCUGUCGGAAUGCCUCGAGGACAACGAGGAAACCCGAAUCCCCUUCGACGUUCUCGACACAAGCGAAGCAGAAACCGUCUUCAAAAACCACAUCAACGUCUUACAACAAGAGCAAAAACGCCUGGACUGGAAGAAGCAGUUCAAACAACUACUAGAGGACACAGGCUAUGUAACCCCGGGCAAACACCUAUCCGAGGUCAGAGUAUUGUUCAUGGGCAGAGAGUGUUUCGAGGCGUUGUCCGAGCACGACUGCCAACAAAUCUACGAAGCCCACCAAAGGGAACUAAUCGAAAACGCCAAACACAACUUUCAGGAACUCUUGCUGGAGCACGCCGACUUGUUUUAUCAUUUCAAAAGCAUCGCACCCACCGGCACCAUCACCCAAGACGACAUCAAGGAAAUCACCGACGUCCUGCAAGAGGACUUCAGGUACAAAAUACUGGACCGUCUGGAUCAAGACAGGAAGCUGACACUCUUCCAGCAUCUCGGCUUCAUCCAUUAUCCGAUAAGGGAGCAUUGUCCGGCUUUUCCGAAUUGCAUGGACGCCCUUAUCGAACGCAUCCUGGCUACUAAGGCACACCGACCAACCUCUUGGAAUCACAGCAACCAAUGGCUGAUGAGUUCUGACAAUAAUCAAUUGAAUUUACUGAUUUUGGGGUACAAUAAUUUAGCACAGAACUUAGCUGAUAAGAUUAGAGCCCAGUGUGACGAUGAUGAGUACGAAAUAGACUGCCAGUUUUACAAUUUAGACUACAGGAUUAUUAGUGGGGAUGUUAGCUUACCCCACAACUCGUUUAGAACCUCCGACUUUGCCCCUCAUGGCAGCUUUUGUGUGUAUUCGAACGCCGAAUCCUUUGAAUACAUAAGAGAAAGUUUGGAGAAGAAAUUACUAUCGAAUCUCGAACAAGAAGACAAACUUCCAUUCCAAGGUUUACCCAUUGUGUUGCUGUUCCUGCAAGACAACUACCUGGAUGAGAAAGAGGUCUUGAAACUAAAGGAGGAGGGACAAAAUCUCGCUGACAGUUUGCAGUGCCCCUUUAUGGACGUAAACUUGGAACAACUAUCCGAAGAACAAUUAGUAUCAGAGGCUUUACACCAAUUAGUUGAGUGCAUCCACCACAGAUCUGGCUUCAUGAAUAUCAACCAAACUGUUAUCGAAUGCACCGAACCAGACAUUAGAAUUAUAAUGUGCAUGUUUUGCGGUGAUCCUUACUCGGUUGAAAACGUUUUGGGGCCCCUACUGUCUCACCAGUUUUGUUUUCUAUCGUCCGCCCACAGCAUAAUACUUGAGACUUUCCUCGGCGACUCCAAGAGGAAAGUGGAGGUAAUAGUAUCAUCAUUCCACGGAGCAAACGCUUUCAGGGACGAACUAGUACACGGUUUUAUUCUAGUUUACUCCACCAAAAGAAAAGCUUCUUUGGCAACGUUAAACGCUUUUUCCAUGAACAUUCCAAAUCUUCCUAUUCAAAUUUUAGCUGUAACUGAUUCGGGAGGUGCUACGGCUUUCUUCAACGAUGACCUAAGCCAAUUGUUGAUCACUGAAGGUAACGCAACAGCCGAUAGGCUUCAGGCUCAUUUCAUGACAUCAAUUUCUAACAUGCAAAACAAGACUGCAUUUUUCACUCCCUUUUUCAAAGAGGUCUGGGAAAAGAAGCCGGAGAUUGAACAGGCCUUCCACAUGGAGGAGCCCAGUGGCUUGGAUAGUGGAGAAGGCACGUUGGAACGCUCCAGGUCGCAAAGACAUCACCCCAUGCCACCGCCAAGGCACGAAAGCUACUAUUUAAAACUAAACGAUGGCAGCGAAAGCGAAAAUUUCGAAUUAAGUGGGCCGGAGGAACGUUUAAGUUCCAGCGACCACAGCGACAAGUUUUCAAACAUUUACAUGUAUGGAAGCGAAAGCUCCGACCUGGGCUCCAAGAAAAGACAUCAUCAUCAAGGCUUCCAGGUCUACCCACCACCUGCCACACCUCCCGAACCAGCACCCCCUGACAACGUGCUGAACACCAGACAUUCCAAAAAGUCUCUGUUGUCCUCGCAGACCAGUCUGGAGGAAAUCAACUACGACCCUUCAGUCCCCAUUCCGGGAGGCGGCUGGAACAACUACCAGCAACACGCGUUCACCACCGGACGCACCAGACACAUUCCAAUGUCGAAAUCUCGUUCGAAAGAAAUCUCACAAACCUUAAAACAACCAGGCAAACUGAACAUGAAGAACUACUCCGCCGUAACCGAAGCCAUAGGCCGCAUGAACGUGAGCGGCAUCGACAUGAACAACUCCUCCUUCGGCAACGCCCCCCUAGCGACUCCGGAAGCCGUCGACCUGGGCAGCGAGUACGCCCAAGUCAAGGACGUAGUACAACACAUGUAUCCGGCCGAUUCCGAGUACAUGUACACGAUGGUGCACGAAGCGCUGAACACCAAGAGCAAGCUGCGACAGAGGCGCGAGAAGGGCCAGCCCUCCUAUUCGGACUCCGACUCGGAGUGGAGCAGCCUGGAGCGACGCCAGAGGGCCGGCGAGGUGUACUCCAAAGUCAGCCGUAAGGGCGGCACCCACAAGAGACAACGAAAGAAACGGACAGCGAUACCGGUACAACCCCCCCGCGUACCCCAACUAGGUGCUUUCACAUUGCCUUCGGUCCACUCGUCCAGCGUGCCCGUAGAUCUAGAGGCGGACAAGGGACAGCCGCUCGCCACCGAAUCGAACUCGGACUCGUCGGAGCUCAGCGAGCCGGCGCCGCAGAAUCAAAACAGCUUGCGGUACGAGCAGAAGCAGCGGUCGUUGAGCCUGAAGAAGAGGGUGCCCGAGCCGCACAACCCGUACUCGUUCAACAUACAGUCGAUGGAGAUGUUCUCGGUGCCGCCCAACUCGUACGGGUUGAUGCACGACGACGAGUCCAGUUUGGACGUGUCCUCGCCGCGGGACAACAACUCGCCGAUGUUCGGCAUGCUGGCUAAGAUGAAGGAGUCCGACUGCGAGAAGCUGUUGCGGAAGCGGGAGAAGCAGAAGGCCAAGGACGACUCCAAGUUGGAGAAGCGUCGACUUAAGGAGGAGAAGCUGCGGAAGGUGGCCGAGGAGCGGGACAAGAAGAAACAACAGAAAACCAAACAGAAAUCCAUGCCGCCGAUGGGCACGUCCAACAAACUGGCCGACUACAUCCAAUCAGACAAGAACUACAUUCCGAUAUUCAUGGAGAAGUGCGUCAGGUUCAUCGAGAGCGAGGGUCUCGACUCUGAGGGUAUCUACAGAGUGCCGGGCAACAGAGCGCACGUCGACCUCUUGUUCCACAAGUUCGAGGAGGAUUCGAACGUGGACAUACACGAACUGGACAUUCCGGUAAACGCGGUGGCGACGGCUUUGAAGGACUUCGUCUCCAAGAGGCUGCCGCCCCUGUUUGAUGCUGACGUGAUGGCUGAAAUGGAGGACAUAGCAGGGACGAGGCUGAAGCCGAUGGUCACCACCACCGGUAACAUGGAGGUGAAGACGGACAGAAGCUGCAGACUUCUGGCUUUGAGGAGCAUGCUCGACAAACUACCGGCAAUCAACUUCCAAGUGCUCAAGUUCAUCUUCCAGCACUUUGUUAAGGUGACCGAAAACUCGAAACUGAACAGCAUGGACAGCAAGAACCUGGCGAUCUGCUGGUGGCCCACCCUGUUGCCGAUCGAGUUCAGCGACAUGGGACGGUUCGAGCAGAUGCGCCCUUACUUGGAGGACAUCGUGCAAACGAUGAUCGACCAGUAUCCAUUCCUGUUUUGCGGCAAAGAGGCAUUUGUGAUGGUUUAAAUAGAGGGCGGGCGGCUUAAACGAAUGUCACUCGGAUAAUACGCACAACUUGCAUCACCCAACCGCCUCGUUUCUUCGCCCCCCACGUUUAAUUGUUAAAAUUGGAGAGGCCUUCUUUUUGCAAGUUUUAAGAUUUAGCAGAAAACAACAAAAAAAAAACAAAACAAUGUUUUAGAAUAGAACGUUUUACUCAUGAUGAUUGUUGUGUGAUGACACAAUGGUAAUUUGUAUUUUUACAUUUAUCAUAGAUAAACAUAUUGAUUAAAAAAAAGUCGCUGUGUGGAAAUUUUAUAAAAAUUGAGUAUGUAUGGAAUCUUUUAUGUAUUAACCUGACUGGGUUGUUGUUUGUAAACUUGUAGGAUAGUCAAUGUUGUAUCCAUUCAAAUAUCAACGAGAAUUUGUAGCUAAACGCUACUUUGUCCAUUACUAUUAAUAAUUUUUAAUGUUCUCUUAGUGAUUUUUGGAUUUAAAGCUACCCCCUUUACAAACACCUGUCUGUGUAAGCCUCAGUGCGUAUUACAUCAUUAGCCAUUUCUUGAAUUCAUCCCUAAUCAGUAUUUAUCACAGCUUUAUGAAUUACAAGUAUAUUUCAGUAACACCAAAUUUUGUAUUUUUUAAGUUUUAUAUUCCCUAGAUAGUAUUUGAAAUGAAAAGUCUGACGUACUGAAAUGUAUCUUUAAUUUAUUCAGUAUUCUCUCCAAAAGCAUUGUCUUGGUUGCCAUGUCCGCAAUAAUUUGUGCCAUACUUGUUGCAUGACUUUAUAUUUUAUCACUGGCAAAUUUGCCCCAAUGUAAAUAUUAUUUUAAUCACGUGUGCAAUAAAUGAUUAUUUAAUUAAAAAAGCAAAUUGAAUCUCGAAUACGUUGAGUACCUAAAUAUGAGCAAUGCUCUGGGUAAAAUCAAGAGAUGGGGAAUGGCGUAAGUGAUUAUUUUUGAACGAUCACCACAAUAUAUUUGCAAGACUGAGUCGAACUGUAUUGACUUGGAGUGCCAAGCUAAUUUCUAGUCUGGGAAUACAAUGGUUUGAAUGCUACUCAUUUUGUCCAGUUCGUGGAACUGUGCGAUUUUAUUUUUGUUUUUGUAUUUUUAAUUAUUCGUUUAAAUUGUAAGCUUCUCUAUACUGAUUGAUAUUAAGUGAUAGUAGUUUCGCGAUCGAUUAUUUUUCUACUGUAACACGGUUGAGUGCAACAUUAGGAAUUGAUCUAACAAAACUGAUGAUAAAAUGAAAAUAAUUUUUAGGAUUAUCGUUUUUGUAAUUUUUUUAUACGUUUUUCGUUGUUGAGAUUAUUGCUUAUAAGCUUGUAAUCACUGUUGAUGUAUUUAUUUGUACUGGUCUGAUAUUUAGUUUCAGUGUGACUAGUUGCUUAAAUCCUUUAUAGGCCAUGGAAGCUUGCUGGGAGCUUUUCACUUUUGUUCCACGAUCCAGUGUUUGAGGCUUUGACUGUGUGGUUAUACGCAAACUUGGACGUUUAUAAGAAGAGGGCCAGUUGCUUCUAACCACAGGCUUAUUUAAUUUCUCCGAAUAAUUCCAAAUCGGCUUUAUUAGGGAUAAUAUUAUAGAGUAUUUUAUUAGUAUGGUAGUGAGUCCGAGCCAAAGAAUUCGAACAGUUGUGAAAAUUUAAUCUGCCGAACAACUACAAACGAACUAAGAAUCCGAAUAAACAGAGACCUAUAAGGGUUUAAAUGAGAAUUCAAAUCUAUUUUAGCAACAAAUCUAUUUUUUAUAGCCGCUUUUGAGACAUUUUUCAUUUGUAUCGAUGGGAAAGCAUUAAAUGGACAUAAGAAGUUUUUUGUCGCCUAACGUAGUAAUAUCCAGACCAGUAUGAGGAUUUUAGCACAUUAUUUAGAUCUCCUAAAGUUGUAUUACAAUACUAAGAAUAUGAAAAAUCAGCUUUAUAAUUUGUAAGGUGAAACCAAGUGAUUGAAAAUGUGCAAUUAUCAUUCUAUGUGGAAUAAUAAAAUUUGUAAUGUGCAAAACACAAUAAAAAUACGAUCGGCACGAACGGAACUGGUACUUUGUAGUUGGUGGACUAGAUUCGUUCCUUUCGGUUGUACGUGCAAAAUUUUUGCAUACAGCUUUAGGAUUAUGAGAUGUGGACUUAGGCUCUAAAUAAUUUCAAUGUACCAUAUGUGGAUAUAUCGUAGAUCUCUUAAUAUUAGAUUUAAAAAUUGAUUCUUAUUGUUAGAAUGUAUAUAUGUAAACAAACAGAACUACGUUUAUUUAUGCUUUAUAUUUAUAUUUAUUCACUAUACUCAACAAGCUUGCUGUACUUUUCAAUGUUGUUGGAUUUUUUAAGAUUUUCAUUUAUAAAUUUGUAUUUUUGUUUUAAUAAACAAUUAUUUACA